UUCUUCACGACUCUCCGCUAUAUUUUCCGAUUUCAACUUGUUCACCGAACGUCUCCAUUUCUUCUGCACGGGUCUCCAUUUCGACUUCAUCUCCGGCGGACGCUUCUCCACUUCCAUCCAUUUCGAUUUCAGGUCUCAGUAUGGCUUCGACAUCAACUAACGGUCCCAUGUACAAGAUUGACCCUGCUCAUCAUUUUCAGUCUAUAGCGUUACAGGUUUGGGCAUAUGAGUCUAUACCAACCAUCACUGAAUGUGGUGUACAUAAAGUAAGCAACGAUGCAAUACCACGAAUGCUGAGGUGGGUGUGCGAACUAUCGCCGAAGUCUCAUGUCCUACAGAGGCAGGUGUUUGACUCACCAAUGUUCUUAAUUAACGUGGUAAUUGAGAUGAUGCCUGAAGAGGAGGAGCAUCUAAGAAUGUCUUCAGGGGAACUUGUUGAGAAAACUCAUCCAUAUAACACCGUUUCUGAGAAGAAUGGUGAUUCAAAACGACCAGGAGAAGCUAGUAAUGAUGACAAUGACUGCAAAAAGAGUAAGAAAAAGAAGAAGUGGAAGUCUAAGAUGAAAGAAGUUGUUCGAAAACUCAAAUAUCGAGUAGCGGUUCUCGAGAAUGAACGUGAAAGCCUAAAAUCAAUGCUGUCGACUAUAUUGAAACACCUUGAAGUUCAAAAAAAGGGUGAAGAAGGAGACUGCACGGGAGUUGAAGGUCAUGAUGCCCAGACCGAAGAUGUUGACACACCCGGUACACCUUCUUGGUUGAGGAUGCCCAAGGAGGAUGACACAAGUGAUGGGUGAAACAUGUUGAACGUCAAAAGCAGGGUGUCGAAGCAAACCGCACGGAGGAUGACACAAUGGAUGAGUUGGAUAAGAAGGUUCAUAUUCAUUCGGAGGAGCCAGUAGACGUCGUUGACGAUUUGAACGAGGAAAUUGGAGUAAAAAGUCUUACUUAUUUUGAUUCAGA